GCCUCAUCCAUAAAACCCACUUUCCACUUUCACUCUUAAACCCACUGACACUGAUACAAAUAAUAGGCGUAGCCAUGGCUAAGACUACUAAGAGAAACACCCACUAAUCUCAACUUGCUCAAAAGGGAGAGAGAGCUUUUUCAAGCUCUGUCUAAUGGCUUCUCUGUCUUUCACUCACUUUCUUUCAUUUCCCAGAAGCCAAUCGAAUUGGCUGAAUUAUACGUCGCUGAACUUCGUGCAAGUUCAGGACUUUAGAUUGCGGAAGAAGUUGGGUGUUGUUUCUGUUUCGAGGAAGAAAGCUGGUACUGAAGAGGCACCAGAUGGAAAUGGAGCUGUUGUAAAGAAGAAGACCACUAGGACUAGUAAACGAGCCAGUACACGUACUAGGAAGAAAGCAAUGGUCGAUAAUCCAGAUGAGAACCCUGAAUUGGUGGUAGCGAAUGAUGCUACAAGUGAUGAAAGUAUCAUUUCUGCAUCAAUUGAUGAUUCCAAGAAACCCCGGCCAAGGACUCGGAGGAAAGCUGCAUCUACUUCUACUAGCUUGGAGGAAGAGAAAACCGAGAAAAAGGUGAGGAGAAGGAAGACCAAGAAGAAGGAUGAUAGUGAUGUGGGGGAUCAGGGCAAUGGAGCAGAAGUUAGUCUUAGUGACCAUGAGGAGUCUACGUUUAUUGCAAAUGUUGAGGGUGAGAAUGAGGAAGACACAGAGUUGGAAAUUGAGGAGGGGGAAGAUAUUAGUUACACAUAUGAUUGGCCUCCACUUGUUUGUUGCUUUGGAGCUGCACAGCAUGCUUUUGUGCCCUCAGGAAGGCCGGCCAACAGACUUUUGGAUUACGAAAUCCAUGAAAGAAUGAAGGAUGCAUAUUGGGCCCCUGAAAAAUUUGUUAGGGCUCCUGGGGGAUCUGCAGGCAGUGUUGCGAUUGCUCUUGCAACCUUGGGUGGUAAGGUUGCUUUCAUGGGAAAACUUGGAGAUGACAUUUAUGGUCGGGCAAUGCUAUAUUUUCUGAAUUUGAGCAGCGUCCAGACUCGGUCAGUCCGCAUUGAUAGUAAAAGGGUGACAGCAGUAUCACAGAUGAAGAUUGGUAAACGGGGUAACUUGAGAAUGACUUGUGUCAAACCCUGUGCAGAGGAUUCUUUAUCAAAGUCUGAGAUCAAUAUUGACGUGCUAAAGGAGGCAAAGAUGUUCUACUUCAGCACUCAUUCCCUGCUUGAUCGAAAUAUGAGAUCAACUACAUUGCAGGCCAUCAAGAUCUCAAAAAAACUGGGAGGAGUUAUUUUCUAUGAUGUAAACCUUCCAUUGCCACUAUGGCACUCUCUUGAAGAGACCAAGAUGUUUAUACAACAGGUGUGGAAGCUAGCAGAUGUUAUUGAGGUUACUAAGCAAGAACUUGAGUUUCUAUGUGGGAUCAAGCCCACUGAGGAAUUUGACACUAAAAAUAAUGCCAGCUCAAAGUUUGUACACUAUCAACCAGAAGUAAUUGCACCUCUUUGGCAUGAAAAUCUUAAGGUUUUGUUUGUGACAAAUGGGACAUCGAAGAUACACUAUUACACCAAGGAGCACAAUGGUGCUAUUAAGGGAAUGGAGGAUGCCCCAAUAACCCCUUUCACUGGUGAUAUGUCAGCAUCUGGAGACGGCAUUGUUGCAGCACUCAUGAGAAGGUUGACGGUUCAGCCACAUCUAAUUACUGAUAAAGGAUACCUAGAGCAGACAGUCAAGUAUGCAAUUCAAUGUGGAGUCAUAGACCAAUGGUUGCUUGGGCAAACGCGUGGCCAUCCUCCUAAAGAAGAUAUGGAAGAAGAAGUUGUCCCUGAUCAAAAUGGCAUUAGGUCAAUAUCACAAACCGAAUACCGCACCAUGAAGCCUGUAAGUUAGAUUUAGGUGGUUGUACUAAUUUGUGUAGUUCAUUCUGUUACAAGCCUUAGAUAGUUCAAGAAAUUUUCUUCCCCUUUAUAGAGCUCUGAUUGACUAUUUCCUUUAUACCAGUGAUGGGGAUUCUGGACA